UUUUGCUGAUCUCAAAUCGUUGCUGGAUCGGUCAAUCGUUGCUCGUUUGCGGCGAAAGGACAAAGUUUUGUUGGCAGAGAAAAGAGUUGAAAUUCGUUUUGGGCGCUAUGGAAGAACGGUGCGAUCAUUCCCUAGGGACUCCUCCUUCGACAUCGACUGACGACAAACGCAAAGCAUCUGUUUUUCUAAAAGUGCCAAUCGCUCAAGAAUCUCGGUUUUAUGCCAUGAACGGCAAGAAGCGUGGUAAAGUUCUGAUUUUUAAUCACAGGUUAUUCGAUGACGAAACCUAUGAAGAGCGCAUUGGAACGAAAGAAGAUGUAAUAAGGUUACGUAAAACAUUACCUAAGUUAGGAUUUCUUAGUGAAGAUAUAACGAUGUACAGAAAUUUUUCUCGUAAAGAGAUAGAAUUGCAGGCAAUGAAUCUUUAUGCUGAUUCAACAUUGGUUGAUUGUGAUUGUCUCAUAACAUUUAUCCUAACGCAUGGCGAAACCGGUGACCGUUUGAUGGCUAGAGACACUAGUUAUCCUCUUUACCGAAUCAUCGAACACUACACUCCUAGCGCACUGCCCAGCAUGGCCGGAAAACCGAAACUGUUCAUCGUUCAAGCUUGCAGAGGUGGAUACCUUGAUAGUGGAAGAAUUUUUUUGGAAAACCGAUCACUAAUGGACAGUAUGGAUUCAGUAGGAAAUACAUUCACGUAUCCUGAAUAUGCAGAUUUUCUCAUCGUCAUGAGUUCUCAUCUUGGGCACGUUUCGUUCAUAAACAAGGAGGGAAGCUGGUUGAUCCAGGAGUUCUGUAAUGUGGUGGACAACUGCCGAGUCGACCAGGAUUCGAUCUACGAUAUUCUCACAAAAACCAAUGCGGCUGUUUCCAAACGCGUAUCCUGUAAUGCCGAUGGUAAACUGGACGGAAAAAAGCAAGUUUCAAGCUUCUAUUCCACUUUGACAAAGUCGUUGUAUUUUGCCAGGAAGUGAGGUACUUUUUGUUUGUUGUUGUGCAUCGAUAUGUGUUUUGCAGGCUUAUCAACCAAAUGAAUUAAAAAAAUGUUUUCAAGUGUUCAUUACAGAACAUUUAUUAAAUCUCACGGAUAAACUUCUUCGAGGAUGUCUCACUUCAUAAAUGUAAAAAUGUUUAGAAUAAUUUUGAAUAAAAUUGAAAAAAAAACCCUGAAAGAUCAUUUC